AUGAGCUUUUAUUCAUUUAUCGUCUCUGCCAAACGUAUCUUUGUCCUUGAGCUUGUAGAUACGCACAAUCCAGUUCUCACUGGUAAAGGCCUCCUCCAUAACGUCCACGGUGAUCGACUUGGCGUAGUUGGCGCUCAAUUUCUGUUGUCUGACCCGGUCAACAGGAUCGUUGCCAGCAUAAACGUCUCCAAACCGGUAGAACGACAGUUUGUACAUCAACGAGUUCUUCAUGGUGUCGGUAGCCAGGUCGUCCACUCUGUAGGCGCCUCUAUCUGUGAAAUAGUUGCGCUCGUUGAUCUCUUCGGGCCAAAUUCCUUCCGAGAUUCUCACCAUCCACAAGAACUUGUUGAUGUCGUCUCCAGAGUAGCCAAUGAGUCCACCGAAAAUCACAAGCACAUAGUCAACGCCCAGCUCUCUCAUGAUCACCUCGGCUUUCUCCUCAGACGUGGCCAUAGCACGUCCGACAGUAGCAAUGUGAGUGUUGUUCCAGGUGUUGUUAUCAACAAACGUGGUUCUGUCAGCCAUGCCACCAAUCUGGUAGCCGUAGUCCCACCAGGCCAUCACCUUGGCGUCUUCCGGAGUGUUCAUCCGCAGCCAGUAGUAGGCUUCUCUGUAGUCAUCAAUCAGCAUCUGGGAGCCGUCAGGAGCUCUGGAAGCCAGGACCACAGACGGCGAAGAGUAGGCAUUGGAUGUUACCCAAGUGCAGUGCUGGACGUAGAAUGUGAGGUAGAAAAUGAACGUGGCACUGACAACCAUCUUGGAAAUCAAGGUGAACAACGAGUCUUUGGUCUCAUCCUUCUUGUCGUGCCACCAGUUGGCCACCUCUUCUCUGAUGUCGAGAUAGAUGUUGAACAGUCUUCCCAAAGUGAUACCUGCGCAAACACAGACAACAGGGGCAAGAGUCAACAUCAGUCUGACCAUGACACCGGCAAAGUACGAGCCCAGCACGGCGUACACAAUGACAAACACGGCCGAGUUGGAAAGCUCCUGGAAACAGAAAUACACUCCAACAGGAAACAGCCAGAUCAUGAAGUUGAGAUCAAAGAAGAACGAGGACCAUGGAGUAGGCUGGUGUUCGGACACAGAAGCAAUGAUGGGGAUGUGCACCUUAGCAUAGUUGGUGUCCCAAAGGGAGUAGAAUCUUCCUGUCCAAGGAGCAAUCAGACCCAAUUUGGUGGCAGCAACCAAACCAGUGAUGCCCACCGAGGCCACAAUAGCACUGAAAGCGUACAUCAAUCUAGUGAAUUUCUGUGGAGAAAGAGUGUCUUUCAGGAACCCGACAAACGGAAUCUGCAUGGACAUCAAGGUUCCCAACGCGUACCAUGUGCAGUAGGAUGUGUAGAUUUUGUAGUCGAACCGGCCCAUCAGCAAGAGGAUGAACACGUGCAACGGAAUGAUGUUGGUGAUGAAGACGUAUCCACCCCAAGCACUGACCAUGUAGAAGUAGAAGACGGCGGUCAGCGAGCCGUAGAACACAGAACCUGUGUUGACGGACUUGACCCAGAGGAAGAACGUGACCAACAGCAGGGUGAUUGCAAUUGCCUCGUUAUCAUAAGAUCCGGCAACAGAUCUCGAGAUGUAACCUGGGGUGAUUCCCAUGAACACGGCACUGAGCAACGCGCCUGUUUUUUUCGUUCUGAGAGUGGUUGA